AUGUCUACCCGUUAUGUCUCCGUAGCUCUUCACGAAAAACCUCGCAUGUCAUAUAGGAAGUUCCUCGAGCGCCGUAUCAUCCAGGCGUGGAAGGCCCUCAGCCAGGCUGCUCGCAAGCACGAACGCGCUUCCCUCCUUCCUGAGGACUUCGUCCUCCUCACAGUCCGCCGUCGCAGCAUCCGUCAUAUCUGA